AUGGAAAAUAUAGAAGAAACGGUAGGUGCUGUGAAAAGCAUCACAAAGGUCGCUAAAUACUACCAAAUUUCUUUCGCGACUGGCGAAGAAGCGAGGUUGUAUGUCCUCAAUAGUCAUGUAUUCAGAUACUACGUGUCACCCAAAGGAAUCUUCCUGGACUAUCCGGAACCAAUGAACCCAGAACAUAAAGCAAAAAUUGUUUGCAAAAACGAAAACGAAUACGGCUUAGAAUACUUCGAAGAAUCCUCUCUAAAAGACGAUGAUGAUCAUUACAUUUUAGAAACUAAAGAUGUUAGAAUUAUAUUUCAUAAAUCUCUCGGAACUAUGGAAGUGUACGAUUUGAGAAGAGACAAAGAAGUGUUCAGCGAAUUGAAGCCUUUGAAGUAUAAAAAUUGCAAAUCUACGCAAACCCUGCGUCAGAAGGGUGAUGAGUAUUUUUUUGGUGGCGGCAUGCAGAAUGGUAGAUUCACCCAUAAAGGAAAAGUCAUAGAGAUAGUUAAUACUAAUAAGUGGAAUGACGGAGAUGUUGCUUCACCUUGUCCAUUCUAUUGGUCCUCGUACGGUUAUGGCGCGCUCAGAAACACUUUUCAACCCGGCAAAUACGAUUUUGGGAAAAAAUCUAUGAAUUACAUAGAAACAACCCAUGCUGGCCUAGAUUUUGAUAUAUUCUACUUCAUAAAUGAACUUCCGAGGGACAUUUUAAACGAUUACUAUGAACUGACAGGGAAUCCGAUACUUUUGCCAGAAUACGCGUAUUAUGAGGCACAUUUGAACGCGUUCAAUCGAGAUUAUUGGGUCAAAGUAACGUCUGAUGUGAAUGGCGCGAUAUUAUUCGAAGAUGGACAGUACUAUAAAUGCUAUCAGCCAAAUCAAAUCGGUGACAAAACAGGGAUUCUGGAAUCUUUGAAUGGAGAGAAGAAUAAUUACCAGUUUUCCGCCCGCGCUAUGAUAGAUAGAUAUAAAAAACACGAUUUGCCGUUAGGCUGGUUUAUACCUAACGAUGGUUAUGGCUCAGGUUAUGGGCAAACUGAUUCUAUGGAUGGUGACAUACAGAAUCUGAAAUGUUUCGCUGAUUAUGCUUUACAAAACGGCGCGGAGUGUGCUUUAUGGACUGAAUCCAAUCUCACACCUAAAGAUCCUUUGAACCCAAAAAAGGGGGAAAGAGAUUUAUCUAAAGAAGUUGGAAUUGCUAAUGUGGUGGCUCUAAAAUGUGAUGUAGCCUGGGUGGGUAGUGGAUAUUCGUUCGGAUUAUCAGCUGUAGAGAAUGCUACGGACAUAUUCGUUAAAAGUACAAGAAAUAAUGUGAGGCCUUUCAUCAUUAUGGUGGAUGGAUGGGCUGGAAGUCAGCGGUACGCGGGUAUAUGGAGUGGGGAUCAAAAAGGAGGGGAAUGGGAGUACAUACGGUUUCAUAUACCGACGUAUAUCGGCGCCGGGCUCUCAGGAAUACCAAUCAUCGGUUCAGAUAUGGAUGGCAUCUACGCGGGAGGCGUUAAAGAAAUUAAUAUCCGAGACUACCAAUGGAAAACAUUCACACCGUUACAAUUGAAUAUGGACGGCUGGGGACACGUACAGAAAACACCAUUUACGUUCGGCGAAGAAGCUACAUACAUAAAUAGGGGUUAUCUGAAAUUAAAAUCAAUGUUGAUGCCGUAUAACUACAGUAUUGGUUAUGAAGCGAUUCACGGCCUGCCCAUGAUUAGAGCCAUGUUCUUAGAAUAUCCAGAAGAAACAACGGCAUAUACUUUAGAAUCCCAGUACCAAUAUAUGUGGGGUCCAAAUAUUUUGGUUGCUCCUAUAUACAACGACGACAAGUUAGGCGAAAAUUCAAUACGUGAUGGAAUCUAUUUGCCAGAUCCUAACCAGAUAUGGAUAGACUUUCUUACCGGCGAGAAAUAUCAAGGAGGGAAGAUUUAUAACAAUAUUAUAACACCUUUUUGGAAAAUACCUGUUUUUGUAAAGGACGGCGCCAUAAUACCAUCUACAAACCCGAAUAAUAAUCCGUACGAAAUAAAACGUGAUAUUAGAGUACUCACUAUAUAUGCCAACGGCACGUCUAGUUUUGUGGUAUACGAAGACGAUGGCAUUACAUCCGAUUAUCUUAAAGGUUCGUACGCCACAACCAAAAUCCACGCCACUGGUCCUGUGUCUAACAAAAAUGGGGAUUUAUUCAUAAAAAUACACAAAACCGAGGGACAGUAUAAGAACAUUGUGAAGGAAAGACUUACUUUGUUACAAAUAAUGUGUUCCAAAGCAGUGGGACGUAUAAAGGUAUCGGUCAACGAAAAUUCCAUCAGAUUAAAGAAAGUCCAUAAUUCAGAGGAAUUCGCUAACAGCGAGGACUGUUUCUAUCACGAUGAGAAUUUCCAAUUCAAUCCCUACCUUAAAAAAUAUGACGAGACGAAACAAAGAUUCCUACUGAUGAAACUUAGUAAACAAGAUGUCACCGCGUGUGAAAUUAACAUAAAGAUCAAAGAUGUAUCUAAUAAAAGUAUUAUUUACGGAAAAACUCAUGUGGAUAAUGGAAUUGAGGUCCCAAAAAAUGUAAGACAAAUUGAAACUGGUCACUCAAUCAUAUGUUUGCAAUGGGAUGACAGUAAUAAUGAUUAUAAUGAAGUAGAAAAAGACGGUGUUAUAUACACAAAUAUAAAAAACAAUUUCUUUAUAUUUAAUUAUACGAACGCCGUACAUGAAUAUAGAGUUCGUUCAGUUGUAGGCGUAAAAGCAUCGAAAUGGAGUGAAAAAGUAAUUUUAAAUAUUCAACAAUUAUAA